GGAUAUAAUUCUUAGUGACAGCUAGCAGUGAUUGAAAGUAAUUUUAUUGCUUACCUAGUUUUUUGAUAUAAUUAAUUAAACAAUUUUAUAUAUAACAUAAAAUAUUAAUAUAUGCAUGGUUGGAUAUGCAGUGUUGCUGCGACUUGCAGAGAUUUUUCGUGUAAACCGUAUACUAUAGAGAGUUCUUUGUUGAAAUACCAAGAUAAACAUGCACACAUGCACACAAAAAAGACUAUAUAUAUAUUAUGCAUGAAUAUUUUUACUGAGACUUUACUCGCUAGCUAUUUACAACAAUAGCAUGUCAUUAAAAUGUUUUUCUUGUGAAAACGCAGAGUAAAAGCGGAUUUGACAUAUUACUCGGUUUUUGUUUUUUUUUUUUCUUUUUUUUUUCCUGCUAUAUAUUGCAACUUCAUAGUACACCAACACAAAAUAAAUUCUACUUACUAUACUCGAAAAGUUUUCUUUAAUCAUUGUUGAAUCGUUGCUAUAGCGUUAACAGUAAGACAAUGUUGUGUUUCAUGUAAAUAAAGCGCGCAAUUUACACAGUUUCGCAUGUUAUCCGAAUUGUUAAUGCUUCAACUAUAUAUGUAUAUAGGUUUUAGGAUUUAUUCAGCACGACCAGCAUAUUUAUUCUAAGCAAACUACUUUUGUGAUAUUUUGUGAUAAACAGUCAACUGACUUAUCCUCGAAAAUGACGAUAACUUACACAGGCGAAGUAGCCACAUGCAGAGGAUUUGGAUGUUUUCUGAAAUUAUUAUUAAGAUGGCGUGGUAGUAUUUAUAAAUUAGUUUGGCUAGAUCUCUUGGCAUUUCUCUCACUCUACUAUUUACUUAAUAUGGUUUAUCGCUUUGCUCUCGAUCCUCAUCAAAAGGAGAUUUUCGAAGCCGUCGUUCAGUAUUGUUACAGUUAUAGCGACCUGAUUCCCUUAUCGUUUGUGCUUGGCUUUUAUGUAUCGAUCGUAAUGACGCGUUGGUGGAAUCAAUACACAAGUAUACCGUGGCCUGAUCCUAUAGCUGUAUUCGUCAGCGCUCACGUUCACGGUCAAGAUGAAAGAGGUCGAGUCAUGCGGCGUACAGUUAUGCGUUACGUGUGCCUUUGCUUAACGAUGGUGCUGACUAAUAUAUCGCCACGUGUUAAAAAGCGUUUUCCGAAUUUGAACAAUCUCAAAGUGGGCGGUCUAUUAAACGAAAAUGAAAUGGAAAUUAUUGAGAGUAUGAAUAAAGGAUUUCCCCGUCACUCAAAACAUUGGCUACCCAUCGUAUGGGCAACAAGUAUUAUAACAAGAGCUCGUAAGGAAGGACGGAUACGUGAUGAUUUUGCAGUGAAAACUAUUAUCGAUGAACUGAACAAAUUUCGCGGGCAAUGCGGACUACUUAUCUCUUAUGACACAAUAAGUGUUCCUUUAGUUUACACGCAAGUAGUAACGUUGGCCGUUUAUUCCUAUUUUUUGUGUUCAGUCAUGGGCCAACAAUGGACUGAGGGUAAACAACUAGCUAACAGCACCUAUGUCAACAAAAUUGACUUGUAUUUCCCCGUCUUUACAACCUUACAAUUCUUCUUUUAUAUGGGUUGGCUAAAAGUCGCCGAGUCACUUAUUAAUCCGUUUGGAGAAGAUGAUGAUGACUUUGAAGUUAAUUGGAUGGUGGAUCGUAAUUUACAAGUUUCUUAUCUAAUAGUCGAUGAAAUGCAUCAUGAACAUCCUGAGCUAAUUAAGGAUCAGUAUUGGGACGAAGUAUUUCCCAACGAGUUACCGUAUACGGCUGCUUCAGAACGCUUUCGUGAAGAGCAUCCAGAACCAUCUACAGCCAAAAUCGAAGUAUCGGAGACGGCUGCGAUGCCUACAACAUUAUCGCAUGUGCGCAUCGAUGAUAUGGUUGGUAGCGCCGAGCCUAAAUCAACAGUGCAGUCUGUUAAUUAUAAAUUCCCAGAUAAUAUGCAGGAAGAGGAGGCAGAUGAUGCCAGUGGCAUUCAUUUUGUUGCGGGUAACAGCAAAGUUCGGCCUGGUUCAUCACCAAGUUUGGUUAGCUUAAGCGGCACCAUGUCGCGGGUAAAUACUGUCGCUUCCGUUUUUAAACGUAUUUUAAGUCGAGAGGAUAGCCGACCCAGUUCCACGACACCUGGCGAUGACACAUCGCAAAAAUAUCGAUUUCCGGGCAGUGGCAGUUCAGCGAGUUUGGUGGUUCAAAAUGCUACCACAAAGCCUACGGGUAGUUUACGCAUCACGGAUCAAGUGAUCGAAGAAGUUGAUGAACAAGCAACUAUUACAUCUCAACGUGCCAAUGACACCAAUCGUCCCAGCGUUCUUAAUAUAUUUCCUCAAGGUCCCAACUCGGCAAGCAACGCACAGAUCAAGGGUGAAUCAACGGCGGAUAGUUCCGCGAAAAACAAAAUAUAUAUGCGCACAUUUUCGAAUGUGGAACCGCAUAUAUUUCCACCGGGUGGUGUGGACGGUUUACUGGCCCCGUCAAUAAAUGCGAACACUGUGCCGAACACGCCGAUAGGGGAGAGUGCAAAAUCUCUCUUUCAAAAUGGCAGCAAAGAAACAGACCAAUUGCAAGAUGCUCCAUCGUUCAAAUGGUUUCUGUCAACUGUUGAAGAUAUGGAAAUGCGGUCCACAAACGAUCUGAUAGCCGCUGCCACCGCUGGCACUGAAGGCUCCGACGAUUUUGAAAGAUUGAAAGCGGAACGGGAAAAAGAGCGACUCGAGAGACAAAAACAAAAGUUUGUACGCUCAGUUAGUACAGCUCCAGGUGCGGAAAAUGCACCAGCAACGAUUGUUCCUGUCGUGGCAGCUGUAAUUCCCCCCCUAACAACUCUAACCACUGAAGAAUUGCCAAGAACUGAUUUAUCGUCUCUCGUCGAACCGAUCCUAACCUCGGCUUCUAAGUCAAAGGAGAGUAUAGUUGAAUGACCCAGAGCGGACUCCCUACACACAUCGUCAUCUUUUGUAUUUUUUUAUUAAGAAAUGCUUUUUCUAUUGCUACAUACGUUUAUACUCAAUUUAAGCAAAUAAUUUCCGUAAAACGAUAAUUGCCUUAGAAUAUUAGAAAUCGCAGGAGCCUUACUUCUAAAAAUGACAUUGUAAAAACAAAAAAUUAGUGUAAUAAUCUUGCGUACAUACAAGAGUACAAUACAAUAUUAAUUUUCGACUCCGACGUAGUCACUAAUUGCUUUACUCAUACUUAAAAUGUUUUUCAAAACGUAGCACUUGCUUGUUUUUGUAACAUUAUUGCACGAUCUUAUUAUAUCGCCUAUAUUUAUAUUAUUCGUUCUUAAUUUUGUUAUUAUUAUUAUUACUAUUUUUUUUUUUUUUUUGUUUUACUAAAUUGUAAGAACUAAAGAUAAGCAUGCAUGAAAAAACAAAGCGUUUUAAAAGUUAAAAGUUAAGG